AUGCCUCAAAGUGGUACAGGCGUUUCCGUAGAAGCGGUCGAUCUCAAAAAUGUUGGACAUGUUGAAGCAAACUGGACGAUAAGAAUUGAAGUUCUUUUGUGUCUGAGAUUAUUGAGACCCGAAAUGGUGGUUGGCUGGUAUCACUCUCACCCUGAUUUGGAUUCUGUCAAAGGCAAAGUAGUUACUGAUGCUUUUCGCCUGAUCAAUCCUCAAAUGCUUAUGCUAGGUCAAGAGCCACGUCAAACCACUUCCAAUAUUGGACAUCUUAAUAAACCAAGUAUUCAAGCUUUGAUCCAUUAUUAUUCGAUUGCUAUUUAUUAUCGAAAGAAUGGAUUUGUUGCUCAAUUUGCACAAAAUUUGGACCCAUGGAUUGACGCUGCCAAACUUUGCGGAACACACCGAGAUCAAUGGAAAGAAGGAAUCAACCAUAACACUAGAACAAUUGAAAACUCGACAUGUUGGAAAACAGGAUCCAAAGCGUCAUUUAGAGGAAAGUGUGGAAGACGUUAUGUCCAAUAA